GAGAAGUACAGACUCGCGGUGUCAAAGCCUUGAAGGAUUGUGAAGCCCGUGGGUAGGGCAGACGGUCCGAGGAAGAAGAAGCUGCGGAUGACGACCACCGGGAGCAGAUGUGCAGGAAUGGGAGGUAAAUGAGAAUUAAGCAUUCGGGUGAGCUGCGCCACCUUCGGAUUGCUCCAGCUAAAGCUCACGUGAGUUUCCAGGCGUAUAGAAAUGGCGAGCACGAAGGAGUAUGGAGCCGAAGCCGAUGACCAGACGGCUUCGACAUUCUCGCUGACAGAAGAGGAUCACACUUUGGGCAAUGCUCUGCGAUACGUAUUAAACAAAGAUCCUCGUGUGUCAUUCGUCGGCUACAGCAUUCCUCAUCCUUCUGAAGAGCGUGUGAAUCUGCGUUUGCAAACAACAGGUCUUCCUGCGAGGGACGUUCUGAAGGAUGGUCUGCAAGAUAUGAUGGCACUGAAUGAUCACGUGCGAGUCACAUUUGAGAAAGCAGUGGACGACUACAAGACUUUGCAAGGGAUGAGGGAGAUGAGUGUCGGAGCGAGUGGAAGGUCUGGAGCAAGUGCAAAGUCUGGCCUAACUCAUCAAACACUGUCCACCGAUACGAAGUGAAGUGGUCAUUAUAGGUCUACUUCAAUUGCCAUUACAUAUAUACAUCGUUUGUCUAGCGAGAGGCGUACAUAUAUCUAUCCAUUUGCCCUUGUCGGCUUUUUGUUACGUUUGGAAAAUGGAUUGUCCUCAAACCCAACAGAUCGUAGGAAGUUUUGCAGAAGUAGUUACAAAAUUACAACCCCGAUACAUCUUCGCAAGUAAGCUGCAUGUAAGUUUGCUUGAUUGCUGUCUAGAGGAACAUGUAGUAGUCAUAGGAUUUAGGUAGGUCAGAUUUAGAUUUGCUUGUGGCGGGUUAAGUACGAGAUAGUGCAAACUCAACACGCUAUAAGGCGGCAUAGUUUUACUAGGUGUUCUACUUCGCUCAUCAAGAGCCUGAGAAAGAAUGUUCUGAGGAGUCAGUUGGAGGUCACUGACUGACUUGUAAUUUGCUUGAUAUCCUGUGAUCAGUGGCGGAGCCACAGUGGUGUCUAUACAACCCCUGAGAUCUGGCUGAUACUAGUGGUUAAAGAUCAUUGGCACUGUGUGCAAUGAACUAUGCAACACUUGUGUUGAGUAAAGAGUUUCACAGUGGCCGAAUCUCAGUAUCUUCUGACACUGCAUGUCUGAAAUUAAUGUAACUUCUACAGCCUUCUUCAAACAUGAGGAAGUAGAGCUGGCAUAGCUUUAUCCAGAAGAGUUCUUU